CACAGAUAAAGCAGAGUUAUGAAGUCUUUUGUUAUUGUUGCUGCUCUGGCUGCCUUCUAUUUGGUGGCUACAAGCGCUCUCCCUUCUCCUGAUCCUGAGCCUGGUUACCUGCUAGGAUACGGAGGCUUAGGAGGACUCGGAGGUUUGGGAGGCUUAGGGGGACUCGGAGGUUUCGGAGGUUUCGGCAGAAGAUAUGGCGGAUACGGACUGAGAGGAAAGAGGAGCGCCGAGCCAGAAGCUGAACCUGGGUAUCUGAGAGGCCUUGGUUUCGGUGGCUUAGGAUUUGGGCGAGGAUAUGGAGGCUAUGGAGGUUAUCCAGUCUACGGCUAAACACUAGAUUCUGUC